AGGGGUGACGUAGGACUCCGGCGAACCGUCAUUGGCUUGUUUUGUCACUUGACAGGACGUGUCGCAAAGCGCGAAAAUUCAAACGGCGGCGGCUGGAAGAGUUCGGGAAAAGGACGGCGACGAACGGGAGAGACAAUUCGAACCUGUUUUUCCAAUGGCCCCCACCUUUGUCAUCACACCAUGAGAUCAAGUCCCCGUAGGCCACUAAUUCUGAAAAGGCGGAAGUUAACCCUACCGCAAAAAGAUGGCGCCUGCAGUAUGGGGACACCAGAACAAAGACCGACCACCUUGACCAGAUCUGGAGAACAACCCGAACAGAACUUGGUUCCCAGUGCAGAUGUAAACCCUGUGCAGAACCUUGUUCAGAAGACAGGGGUGGCUGCAAGACCUGACCCAAGUUUGGACAGUGAGAUGGUGGUGUCCCUUACCCCAGAACAAAACCAAUGCACUGAAACUAUCUUAAGUCCUAACCAAAAUCAGAACUCCCUGGGAAUCGCAGCAUCCUGUACUCCUCAGUCACCUUGUGUCAGCGUGAAAUCUAUAUCCUCUGAAAUUAAAGUCAUGGGUCAUCCCACCAUUCCAAACACUCAGCUUGUGGUCCUUCCCCCAAAUUAUGAUAUGGAGAGUAUUAUUCAGGCAUUAACUGCACGAGGCAGAGAGAUGGGUGGACCUAACAAAUUUAUCCUCAUCAGUGGGAGUCCUUCAUUUCACGCUCAGGCUGAGAAGCUGGGCUUCCAAACUAAGGAGGAGGAGGUGGCCACUUUACAGAUUGAGGCUCCAGCAUCCAUUCAGCCAAUUGCAGAGGAAGACAAGAAAGUGGUGCAGGUUGACUCUGAGGAACUGAACAUCAGCCUGACGAACAUACAGUGGCUGGGUAAGAUGAGCUCAGAUGGACUGGGAUCGCGCAGUAUGACGCCAGAACCUGAAGAGAAGGAAAAUCUCACUCCUGAAGUAGAUUGUAUCAAGGUGGAAGAGGAAAUCACAGAGCCAGCUUCCACUCAGCCGUGGCACAUCUCCAUCUCUGAACGCCCUCCGUACUCGUACAUGGCACUCAUCCAGUUUGCCAUUAACAGCACACCAAACAAGCGAAUGACACUGAAAGACAUCUAUACCUGGAUCGAGGAUCAUUUCCCCUACUUCAAAUAUGUGGCCAAGCCUGGCUGGAAGAAUUCCAUCCGACACAACCUCUCCCUACAUGACAUGUUUGUGCGUGAAAGCCCUUCCAACAAUAAAAUCUCUUACUGGACCAUCCACCCCCAGGCCGAUCGCUGCCUGACCCUCGACCAGGUCUUCAAGGCCUCCAGUUCCACGCAAUCUGUGUGCAGCGAACCUAAGAGGUCAAUCCCAGAACUUAGCAGGAACUCACAGACUGCAGUCAUUGCUACUAAAGCUCCAGAGAGAAAGAUGAAGCCUCUGCUGCCUCGGAUUGACUCCUAUCUCAUCCCAGUCCAGUUUCCUGUUACUCAAUCUGUCUUUUUAACCCCCAUGGAAGCCUUCAGUGCUGAUCUCGGACCAUUUGAUGGAGUGCACUUCAGCAAACGUGUCAAGAUCGCCCCCAAGAUUCCACAGGAGACUGAGGAACCUCCUCCUUUGGCCCAAGCAAUGGAAGUUAAGGCUCAGUCGGAGCCUGUAGAUAUUAAGACUCCGCCUCCUUUCCAGUACAAAAAAGUGAGUGGAUCCCGACGGAAACAGCAGCUGGUCACCCCACAUUCUCAGGAACCAGAGUUAGUCCUUCCUGACUGCAGUGCAUCCGAUUCCGGCCUGGACACAGAUUUUUCCUUCCUGCAGGACACACAGGCACAAGAGGGCCCUUCGCAGAUCACACAGGGUGAGGAUUAUGCCUUUAAAACUCCUAUUAAGGAGAGACUGAAGCCUUCUUCCUCUUCAACGCCCAGUAAACCUCUGGGAGCAAGUACCCUCCCACCGUGGGAUUCUGAAUCUUCCCUUAGUAGAGACCUGCCUGACUUCAGCCCUGUCCGAAUCCCCUGCAGCACUGCUCUCACCCCCUUUAAGGACAGCUAUGGUGCCUUGAGUUUUGGAGAGACUCCUUUUAAAGAUCUUCCUAUUUUUGGCUCACCCUCAGACCUCCUGGGCACUCUUUCUCCUUCUCCCCAAUCAGACACACUGGACACACCUAAGGGUGUGCGCAAACAUAGACGAUGUUCCAAGGAGCUGCUCAUAGGGAGCUCUGCCAAUCGCUCCUUACUGGAGGGUCUUGUGCUGGACACAAAGGACGAGAGUCUAAGUAAGAUCCUUCUGGAUAUCAGCUUUAGCGGCUUGGAUGACGACAAUGGCAUAGGGGGAGACAGCUCAUACUUGGGGCAACUUUUAUCUGAGCUGAGGUAGAAGGGAGAAACCUAUAUCUCAAAACUACUUAUUUACUUCUAUGCUUGCCUUUUAAAGUCUAUCCAAAACAGAUAUUUCUGUUUCUGGAUCAGCUCCUCCAAGUUUCUAUCAGUUUUGCAUUAAUACUGAAAAGUUUACCAUCCCACUGGUUUAUACCUCUCUGCCUCCUAGGUCCUCUGCUGUAUCCACCUCAGCUGCAGGUGCCUGCUACCUCCCUGGAUUCAUCAAUGCCCAAACUAACUUUUGUAAUACAAACGUGAAGCCACACACUACUAAGCUAAAUGGCUUAAAAACUUUAUUGAUCAGCAGGAAUUGGGGCACUUGCACCUGCUCAUUUCACCACCCACUGGUAAUUGAUUGCUCAAUUAAGUAAGGGGGAAAAAGGUGUCAGAGGCAGACAUCAGUGGAGUAUCCUCAUUCCUGCUGGAUCAAAAAAGUUGUUUUUAAAGCUAUUCAGUCUAGCGUUUUGCAGUUUCAUGCUUGUAUGCCUAGGAAAAGCCAGGAGCGCCCACAAGAUGUCUACAUAGAGUCCAAAAACAUAGUCAGCCAUUGCUGGGCACUCCUCAUAAAACGGCUUUAAUCUGCUGUCAUGCUGUCCUUUUUGGGUCCAAUACUUGCAGUCCCUGACCUGGAACAAGUAUGUGGACAAGAACACCUUACUCCUAAUUUGUACACUUGUUUUGAGUUGAUGACUCUUGAAGCUAGACUAUCAGCAAAAGGGCCCGGCAACUGUCCUUUUUUCUUGUGACCAAUUUAGUUUAUCAUUCAACAUACCAAGGCAUCCCUGAGCCAUGCCCUUGAUCACUGCUAAUAUGAUGUUCAGCCUGCAGCAGUAGCUCUUAGAUGUCCUUGUCAAGAAUUCUUCUGUAUCAUAGUUGGUAGUUCAUAGGCAUAGGUUAUCUGCAACAAGAAAAUUAGUGAAGAGGACCACAUAAGAAUGCCAAAUGUGCACAUUCGUGGGUGUUCAAUCUCUCUGUACUUUCAUUGAUUUGCCAAAAGCAGCUUUGAGUGGGAUUUUAGAGAUGACUUGAACUAUUUUCUAGUUCAUAGAGAUGAGAGGUAUUUAUGUUCAUUUAGCAAUUAUUGCUUAUAAAACCUAUGUGGCCAUAAUGCUGAAAACA